UGUUAUCAACAUUUGACGUUGAUCAGUUUUGCCUGCUUUUUGAAAUAAUGAGGAUCCUUUUUACUGGGCUCUUCACCUUGGUAGUUAUACUAAAUUCUAUUGAAAUAUUAUCAGGUGCGUCACCAAGAACACGGGAUUUUCUGCAAUGUCUGGAGAAGCCUCUGAAAGAUGCAAAUCAUCAGGAAGGUGAAAUGAAAAGAAGACCAACUUCACUAAGCCUACCUCCUAAUUUUGCUGGACGUAGCCGUGUAUAUUUGCACUUGCCAGAUGAUCGAGUUUUUAUCGGAAUGCUCGAAAGGACCAUCUGGAUUCGACAACCAAAUCCAGCAUAUCUUCGAAUAGGACGUAUUUAUAUCAGAUGGAAUCGUCACCAAAGUUUGGGGUCCAUUAUUCAUCCUUGGCCUCAUCAUAUUGACAUAAAUGAUGAUGUUCAUGAAGAACCCCGCUGUUUGAUAUUAUCAAGAUGUGGCGAUUUCUUAUCAGCAUCCCUUCACCGUUACAACAGUCGAGAACAACUACCGAAUGUCAAUCGUCCGCUAAUUUUUGUCCGAAUUCCAGGUGAUAACAUUGUUUAUAUGGGAGUUCUGAAAAGAGACAACGGUCGUCGUCCUAGCUGGUUUAUAUGAAAAACUGGAUAUUUGGAACCAGAUCUCUUAGUGUUGGAUAACAAUAAAAUCACUGUUCACGAGUAAACAUAAUAUUUCUGAAAAUUAUUCUCACUUGAUUUUAUUUCGAUCUAUUCUAGAUUUUUUAUUUAUUAACAAGCACUGCUAAGAAAUUUCGUCACAUUGUAUGAGGUGGUGCUUUAAAAAGUUUUGUUACAAUUUGUGACGAAGGUGGGGGGAGGGCAUUAACUCAGAAUACAAAAUCACACAUAUUAAAUGAUAAAUCAACAUUUAUUUGUUGGCCGAUUGUUCUUGAAAAAUUGAAUGGCUUACACCUUAAUGUUUACGGAAUAUUCUUGAAAUUAAUCUUUACAAACUGCAUUCCAUACAAAAUUUAAGGCACUUUAAGGUCUGUUUAAAAACAGGACACCUAAAGAAUAAUAGCGAAUAAAAGAGAUCUCUAGUUUUUACCGUUCAGUUAUUAAAU